AACAGAGGAUGUGGCUGAAGGCGUGUUGUCGCAGCAGACCUUAACCACAGGGUCCCCAUCCUGAGCAUGCGGUGGUAUAUAAAAGUGUCGCCCUGACGCCUCAAAGACAGCAGCAUCAGCACCACCAGCAUGACGCGCGCCACGCACAGGUUUCUGCUUCUCCAUCUCCUGACGUGCCUCGGGCUUCACGCACUCGGGAGCGAGAUCAUAAACGGCAGAAACGUCCCGAAGAACUCAAUGCUGUACAUGGCGUCGGUGCAGAACGACGGAGUCCACAAAUGUGGAGGGUUCCUCAUCAAUGAACACUUUGUGGUCACCGCGGCGCACUGCAAGCACCCUUGGCCUUUCAGGAAACUCAGUGUCGUUCUCGGUACGCACAAUCUCCAGAAGGUCGAUAAUAAAUCAAUGAGAUACGACGUGAAGACGUGCAAGUUUCCAUCUUACGAGAACGUUGAAAAAGGGGACGACAUCAUGCUUCUCAAGCUGUCCAGGAAAGCUCGACUGGACAACAAAGUACAACCGAUCCAACUCCAGAAAACCAAGAUGAGAGAUGAAUCAAAUUGCAGCGUAGCCGGGUGGGGUUAUACGAUAACUGGUGGAAAACCCGACAACGUGCUGAAGGCGGUGGAUGUGCGCAUCGUGAACCAGAAGGUCUGCAAGGAGAAAUGGGGUGAAAAUCUUCCUGCCAAAGCUAUCUGUGCAGGCGGAUAUGGCACAGACAAAGGGUUCUGUCAGGGUGAUUCCGGUGGCCCUCUGGUGUGCAGCGGGAAGGCUGUUGGAGUUGUGUCUUUCAACUAUAACAAAAACUGCAGCUAUCCAAAUAAACCUAACGUCUACACAGAUGUAUCCAAAUACCUUGAGUGGAUCAAAAAGCGGAACCGUUGUUAAAUGUAACCAGUCAGCGUACUUUCAUUGUCCUCUAUUGAACAGUCUUUAAACUCACUUUUAUAAAAUGGCCUUUUGUUAACGACUGACAUCCUUUCUGCCUUAUCGUGAGUUGGCUGGCAUGUCGUAUAAUAAUGAUUUUCUUCUUCUUUUUUUUCUGCGUAUGCCUUGUGAAAAGGUAUUGCUGUAUUCAAGUUGCCCUGUCGCAGUUUGUUCUAUAUCUCAAAUACAAAAAUAAAACGUCACUUUUCAAUGUCAAA